GCACUCUCGAGUGGAGAUCGAUCUCGCGAGUUACUUUCAGAAUGGCGGAUCCUUUGAGCAUCACUGCUUCAGUGCUUGCUGUGGCCACAGCCGCAUUUGUAUCAACAAAAACACUCAUCGACACCGUAAGCCGCUUCAAAGGUCGCGAUAAGACCUUACAGAGGCUGCAGGAUGAGCUCGAGGACCUCCUCAAGAUCUUGGAGAUGCUCCAAGGCAUAUCUCAGUGUGAGCUGUCUAUUCUAGCGCUUCUCGAAGGCCCCGUUCGCCGGUGCAGUGAGUUGUGCCUUAACUUCGACAAGUCCAUGAAAGACUUCACUGGAAAGGCAACAAAGACCGGGUUCCGAGAUUGGGCCAAGCUGGAGUUUAGGAGAGGCGACAUCAACGAAUUCAUCGACACCCUGUCAGGAUACAAAUCCACGAUCUCGGUCGGCUUGGGAGCUAUCAAUCUGAAUGUAUCCAAAGCAUCCCAGCAGAUUCUCGAGCAGUACAGCGAGAUGAUUGAAGAUACGAUGUACAAUCUCAAUCUUCGCCUACAAAGAAUCGACGACAAAAUAGCGCUGCUGCCACAGAAAACCGCCGACAGCUCCGACACAAGCAUUGAUCUGAACAACGAGCGAGCAGUGACAGAGCGGUGCCUUAGCAUUUGCGAAAAUGCGAAGUCUUAUCUCGAAUCAUUGACAGAUCAAGAACCAUUAUCGCAACCUAAACCUCCCCAAGAGUAUCCUAUGGAUCAGCAGGAGACCUUCGAAGCGCAGCGUCUCACCCGCCAACUUCUAGGCCAAAAUAGGGAUAGCAUUGCGGAGAUGGUUGGCCGUCUUCGGGAACGUUUGGAAUCCAUAUCAUCCGAUGGAAACCCCGCCAAUGGCCAUGAGAGAACACGUUUGCAGCAGGAGCUCAACCUUUCGAAACAGUGUCUCGAGAUUUGCCAAAUGGCUUCUGUUGAAGUAACGCGACAAAAAUGCCACACAAUCGGAGAGGCGAUUGCCGACGGAGACAGUGAUCAAGUUUUAGUCACGACUUUAGCAGACCUAUUCAAUAUUGGCAAAGCGGAGUCUCGAGGCAAGUCUGCGCAACUGAUCGGAUCAAUGCGAGACGAAACACUGCAGCGAAUCUCUGAUAGUCGAUACGGUAGCCGCUUCGGGGCCUUGCCCAGCACCGAAGCAAGCACUCCUCCUUUGCAGUCGCCGGUCGAAAUUCAACGAACCAAAGAGGACCCUUCACGUCAAGAGGUCGCCGAGGGUGGACGUUCGAUGGCUACAAAACCUUACAAACCUAAUUCCUAUCAAGUUAGAAGCCGAAGGCCAGAUGGACGGGCUGGAAUCAGAGAGGAAGGCGAAGAAUGAGUAGAUGCUUAUCAGCUAGUUGAUUAAAUGUCUAUCGCAAAUGUCAGUAAUCAUCAUCAGCAGGCUAAUCAGGACGUGGAUCUGAGUCUCGUUGCACGGCGUCUGUUAGGGAACGUAUUUACGGGAACGGUUGGCAUGGAUACCGGCAAUAGACUCUAGAACACUCAACUGCACAAAUGAGGGUGGCAAAAGGAGGUGAAGUGAAUAACUUCCAGCAAAUGCUGUCUCCCCCGUAAUUUGAUAGGUUUCCUGGUCGUCAAUCUGACGCCAUAUCUUCCGCUGCCAGUUGCUGCUGUGGUUAUGAAGGAAACAUGUCGAC